CAUUUUCAUUACUUUUUGUAAACCACCUUACUCAGGCCAUAAGCACCACAGGAAGAUGCCUCCUCUGCCGCUCAUUCCACUGUGCCUUAUCUUCUUCGUCUCAUUCUCCUCCGCCGCACCACCGCUUGACCACCAGUCCCGCUUUACCAAACACAAAUUUCACCUUAACAACAAGUCAGAUCCAUACCAACAAUACUUUGAAAUUACACGCCCUUUACCUUUCCACAACCUGAUUCCCUCAUGCAUACUCCCAGUCUUCUCCCACAUCUUCGAUAACACCAUCGGCCUGCCUCCUGCCACCGCCGACUACUCCCCUCCGUGGAACUGUACUUGGUCCCACGUCGUCCUCCACCUUACCGUCACUUCCAGUGGGUCCCAGUAUGAUCGCAUUGCCGGAGUGUGGCUUGACGGCGCCGAGAUCCUCCGUACUAGCACCGCCGAGCCCACCCCAGAGGGUGUCUUCUGGAAAAUUAGCAAGGACAUCACCAGGUAUUCUUCGAUCCUCCGUCAAGGAAACCUUACCCUCUCCGUCAUGCUUGAAAACGUCGUUAAUGAAGUCUAUACUGGCGUUUACCGGUUCGAUCUCACCUUCCUGUACUAUGAUGUUGGUCGUAAUUAUAAUGGCUCCCACGGAUUUAACUUCCCAUUGUCAUCAUUACCACUGAAGCAAAAGUCAACAACCAGGAAAUUGGGAGAAAACCGAGUAAUUUCAAAGUUGAAUAGUGAACAAAACUCGUUAACUUUAUAUGAUAAGCCGGCAGAUUUGAUUAUUCCGAUAGCUGGAAUUGAAGAUGAAGGUUUUUGGUUCAGAAUCGAGAAGGCUUCCGAUUUGAAGUACAGGGGGGUACAGAUUCCAGCAAAUACAUACAGGGCUGUGAUUGAGGUUUAUGUCUCAUUUCAUGGAAAUGACGAGUUCUGGUACUCGAAUCCCCCAGAUUCUUAUAUAGAACUCAACAAUUUGCAUUCAAAGAAAGGUAAUGGUGCUUACCGGGAAGUUCUGGUGAUGCUUGAUGAUAAUAUAGCUGGAUCAGUAAUCCCAUUCCCUGUGAUUUUCACCGGCGGGAUCAAUCCUUUAUUUUGGGAGCCAAUAGUAUCUAUUGGGGCGUUUGAUUUGCCUUCCUACGAUAUUGAAUUGACCCCCUUUUUGGGGAUGUUACUUGACGGUAAUGUGCAUAGUUUUGGGCUGAGAGUAGUUGAUGCUAUUUCGUUCUGGCUUGUCAAUGCGAAUUUGCAUUUAUGGUUGGAUGACAAUGUGAAAGAAGUUCAGGCUAUGACGUAUAAAUAUAUAGCUCCAAGUAGUGGCGUUGAUCGUGAAUCGAAGUUUCACAAACUCGAUGGCAAAUUCGAGACCGAAGGGAAGAGGAAGACUAAGGUUGCUGGGUGGGUGAAUUCGAGUUUAGGAAAUCUGACUACCUCUGUUUUUGAUAAGGUGAGGUAUGAGAACACGAUAAAGUUCAAAAAGAACGGGAGACACAAGACUGUGAAGCAGGAAGUGAAGGUGAAUAGAAAAUUAAGAAUUCUGUCUGAUAAUGGUACAGUGAUUUCAGUUGCCACUGUGGAGAAAAAGUAUCCCCUGAAAAUCACUAGUAAGACUUCGGCUGGAUCAACGGAGAACACUUAUUUGGUGAUCACAGAUCUGGAGAAUUCCCUAACGGAGGAGCAGAAGAUUGGGAAUUUUUCGAGCUCUUUGGAUAACAGUCAAGAAUCCAGUGGGUGGAUGUUUGUCGUGGGUCAUGAUGUCCUCUCUGGUGCAGCAACUACUGAUCAAAGUUACACUUACCAGGACAAUUUCAGUUGCUACUCUCAGAAAGUUUCAGCUGCCAGCGGCAAGCUUAAGAGUAAUAGCACGAGCCUUCUCUGUUCGUCAUCGUCGUCCUUGUGAUCCUGUUCGGCCGUGAAUCAAACGCAAACAAAAUGGUGUACAAGUCAUUUGUUUUUCGUAAGCCGUAGGACUUAGCCAGUUUCUAUGUUUGCCUGAAUAAGUGUGAUUCUGUUGUAGGCUUUUCUAUGUUUGCCUGAGUGUGGUUCUGUUGUAGGCUUCGGAUUCAAUAAUAGUACCAUCAACUAUGAUGUUUGUCUAUGUAAAUUAUCUGUUUUCUGAAGUUUUCAAAUCCAUGUCUGUUUAGCAAAAUUAGUUGAAACUUGUCUUCGUCA